AUGGCAACAGAGCCUCUUAGGCCGAAAGCGUCUGCUAAAGCCACAUUUCCGUCAUCCGUCAAAGUCUAGUUACUGAUUGUUAACAAUUUCAAUAACAGUUCAUUAUAAUGGCCGAAAAGAUGAAAACAGAAAUCGCGUCUAUGCUACAAGGAAUUGAAAGGUACAAUCCCGACAAUCUUCAGAAGCUAGAACGCUAUGUUGAACUGCAAGCACAAGAAAAUAUGUAUGACUUAGAGGCCAACCUAAGUGUGUUGCGAUUGUACCAAUUUGGCCCAAAUUUCUACCGUAGUAACAUUGUUAAUCUGAUCCUACUGAAGGCAAUGACCAAUUUACCUCACACAGACUUCUUGCUGUGCAAAUGCCUUUUGACUCAAGAUAGGUUGGAAGAACCUCAAGUGAGCAGAGUAAUGGUCCUAGCUGAUUUGCUGGAAACGUGCAAAUUCAAGCAGUUUUGGGAGGAAUUGGCCAAAUGUGGUGACCUAAUUAUUACUGUUCAAGGAUUUGAAGAUGCUAUUAGGAAGUUUGUUGCUCAUGUUGUCAACAUUACCUAUCAAACUAUUGAAGUUCCGGUAUUAAAAGAACUUCUUGGCAAUGUCAACGAUCAAGUUUUGAAACAAUGGGUCGGGAAGUGCAGCUGGAAGGACCUGGGCAACGGACGUGUGUUCAUCACGUCGCAAGAAGAUUUGGUCAAGACCAAAAACAUCACUGAGAAGAUCGAAUUUGAAAACGUGGCUGGAAUCAUGUCACACUGCAUUUAAAAGUGAAACUGUCUUUGACCGAUCUGCAAACAGGAAGAAAGAAAAACCAACAAACAAACAAUUCCAAGGGCAGUGUAUUUCUGUUUUGUAACAGCUUCAUAUACACAAUUGUCAUGUUUGAA